AUGCAGGAUCAGGAUGAAUUUUACAGGACCCUCUGCUCGUCGGAGACGCUGCGCUCCGGCAGGAAGGGAUUCUUCCACGAUUUUAGCGGCCACGUGAUGCAAACCGCGGGCGAUACCUGGACGUCGGGGACGUUCGGCCGGAUCGAUGACGACGAGGGACGGGUGAGGGCGGUCUUCGCCGACGCGAAAGUAAAAGACGUCGUCGCCGACACGCUCGCAAAGGUGAAGCCCCUUUACAGAGACAAGGACGCGGAGAUAUCCAGGCGCAGGCGACUCGAAGGAUACCAGCUCGCCGCCGUCGGCGAACAUGACAGGGCCCUUUUGCUGCUCAGUCAGGCUGUCCUGCGCGCCCCUCAACCAGGUCACUACAAAUGCAGUAGAAACAAGACGGUCGAUCAGGGUCUUUCGUUGCCCCUGGCGCUGCUGGGACGAGCCGAGAUCUUUGUGGCCCUCAAAGAGUACCAUUUCGCGCUGGAGGAUCUGCGACUGGCCGCCGAAUACGAUUUGCCGGAUAAACCGAUGCGGGAGCUUCAGCGAAGGAAGGAGGAAUGUGAGCGUUUUUUGAAAGGCAACGAGAAUUCUCUGGUACUCGUCGAUCCUCGCAUCAACAAGGUGGCUCAAUUGAUCUCGGACAAGGAGAGACGUACUGGUGACGACGACGACGACGGCGGCGGCGGCGGCACGCCGUUAAAUGGCGCCGUUAAUUCCGAGCUCCGUUGGUCGUCCGGCGCCCUGGAAAUCCGUGAGACCACGACGGCGGGUAAACACGCCGUCGCAACCGCGGAAAUACAUCCGGGCGAUAUUCUGUUAGUCGAGCCGCCGCUAGCGGGCUGUCUCCUGCCCGAGUUCUACGGCACCCAUUGUCAGCAUUGUUACGCGAGACUAGGAGCACCGGUCGGAUGCCCGAGCUGCAGCUGCGUCGCCUUUUGCGGAAAGAAAUGCAGGGAUACCGCGAUGGCGACGUAUCACAAGUACGAGUGCAAAGUCCUGGCGUUGCUGAUAGGCUCGGGCAUGAGCGUGCUUAGCAUGGUCGCUCUUCGGAUGGUGACGCAGGAGGGCCCGCGGAAGUGUUUGAAGAUCUACGAGGAGUUAAAGAAGAGCGACGUGGAAAGGAUCGCGACGUCUUCGGCUGCGUCUGCUACGACGACGACGACGACGACGACGACGACGACGGCGACGCCGGAUACGCACGGCAUGAAAUCGCCGGCGUGCAGCAAGUCGGCCAAGAGAAGAAUCAGACGGAGGAAACUCAAGGAAUCCAGACGGGGCGAGGAAAUUAUCGAGACGACGGCGGAGAAGGGCACAAAGGAGCGUCGCGGGGGGGUCGACGACGAGCGCGUCGACGUGGCACCGUACAACUUGGUGACGCACGCGGACAGACGGACGAGCAAAGACUUCCUGGAGAGAUCGCUGAUGGCGGCCUUCCUGCUCAAGUGCCUGCAGAGGGUCGGCUUUUUCGCGCGUCCCACGCCGGACGACGAAGUCCCGGGAGUCGAGGAGAUCACCGUGGCCGCCCUGCUGCUGAGGAACCUGCAGCUGCUCCAAUUCAACGCCCACGAGUUCUUCGAGACGCGAAUGAGCGCGGAGCAUCGAUUUCGUGGCAGCCGACCGGUCUACCUCGGCGUGGCGAUUUAUCCCACGGUCGCCCGUUUCAAUCACGACUGCUAUCCCGCGGUGACGAGAUACUUCGUCGGCCGACAUAUCGUAAUAAGGGCGGUACGCGGUCUGCGGCCCGGCGACGUUAUUGCCGAAAACUACGGACCGAUAUUCACGAAGAGGACCCUCGCCGAGCGUCAAAGGACACUGGCGGGCAGGUAUUGGUUCCGAUGUACGUGCAAAGCCUGCGAGGAGGAUUGGCCGCGCUUUGAGAAUCUGACGAACGAUUCCGUCAGGUUGAGGUGUCCUACGACGGGAUGCGGCGGACUGCACUCGCGAGCCCGGCAGGGUAAGCCGAUAAAAUGCUCGGGCUGUCAAAAGAAAAUCUGCUUGGAGGAUCGGCUUGCGCGCCUGCGGGAGUGCGAGGCUCUCUACGACCGUGGAUUGGCCGACAUGGAGGACGAGAGGGUCGACGAGGCGAUCGGGACGCUCUGCGACGCCCUGAAGAGAUUUCACCAAGUCGCCGGUCCACCGCAUCGGGGCACACACCUGGCCGAAAUUGCUUUAAGCUCCUGUCUGGCUGACUGCGGAAAUACUUGGCGACCGGCGGCGGCGGCGCUUUGAAGAGCGCCGCGCAGAGCGGAGGAGGAAGCCGACUUGAACGGAUCCUGUAACCACGCGGGUCGACCGCGGCGGCGGCGAUUCCCGAAGAUGUCCUUCCGAAUAAAAGAGGAACGCGUUUGAUCAUACGGACGUUGGACGUUGGUCGGGCCAAUUUGGCCGGCGCACUCUGCGAUACGCUGAGACACGUAUACCCGCCCAAUAUUCUGUAUCAUGUUUCAGACGAAAAUGUAUUAUUGUUUAUCAUGUUUUCAAAUAUAUAAU